GUAGGUAGAGGGUGGUGGGGGGGGUGUCCCUGUCUUUGCUUGGCUGGAAUGCUGGCUGCCAGCGUGGGAUGGUGAUGCCGGCUGCCCUGGCUCCAGGAUGCGGAUGGAGGAGAGCAGACCCCCAACCCCAGUGCCUCUGAGCUGCCUUUUCCCUCCACCUGAGGCACCCCAUGAGCCAGGUGGCAAGAAGGUCCCCAUCCAGCGUGGCAGCGGGUGCCCCACAUCCCCCCCCGCUCUCUCCCGCAGGACGGAGGAUGUCCUCGAUGUUCGGCAAACCCCGAGCCAGCGGCGAGCGGCCACCCCAGAGCCCCCUCGCCGAGUGCAAUGUGGCCAUCCUGGGGUGCCAAGGGGCCGGCAAGUCAGCCCUGACCGUGAAGUUUCUGACCAAGAGGUUCAUAAGCGAAUAUGAUCCGAACUUGGAGGACACCUACAGCUCGGAGGAGCUGGUGGACCAGCAGCCCGUGCUGCUGAAGGUGAUGGACACCGCCGACCAGGACGGCCCCGUGAACUGCGAGCGCUACCUGUGCUGGGCCAGCGCCUUCCUUGUCGUCUACAGCAUCGACGAUAGAAAGAGCUUCGAGGGCUGCCAGCGCUACCUGGAGGUCCUCGCCCUGCACGCGAGGGGUUGCCAGCGCCGCUGCCCCAUGCUCCUGCUGGGCAACAAGCUGGACAUGGAGCAAUACAGGAAGGUGCCGGCAGCUGAAGGGAUGUCCCUGGCGAGCAGGUUUGGGUGUCUCUUCUACGAGGUGUCGGCGUGCCAGGACUUCACGGGGGUGCAGCAUGUCUUCCACGAAGCUGUGCGGGAGGUGCGGCGCCAGGCGGAGCAGAGCCUGCCCGUCCGGCCGCUCUUCAUCACCGAGGAGCGUGCCUGCCCGCCAGUGGCCACGCCGGUUGCCCUGCCCACCCACCAUGGCUUGGCCAGCUGCACCUUCAACACCCUCUCCACCGUCAACUACAAGGAGAUCCCCUCGGUAGCCCAGGCCAAGCUGGUCACCGUCAAGUCCUCGCGGGCUCAGAGCAAGAGGAAAGCUCCCACGCUCACCUUGCUGAAAGGUUUCAAGAUAUUUUAGGAUGCGUCCCUGUGGGUUGCGAGAGACUCCCCUGUCCCCUUGGCUCCACCAGGGCUGAGACCAUCCAUGACGGACUCACAGGCACCGCAGCAGGCGCUGGCGGACAGUGGACCCGGUCUCUACACCUGGGCAAAGCCUGCGGUGACAAUUUGGUGAGCAGACGGGGUGCCCAGAGUCCAAAAUCGGCUGUGGCAUCGCUCUGCCUGCCCCCGCCUUGGCUUUCGUCCGCCCUGGCUGAGCGCUGCCGCCGUGUUUGCACCCCACCCUGCCACCGGCACCGGGGCCAGCCCGGCUUUCCGUGCGGAUCCGAGCAGUUCCCAGAGCAGCCGGAGCUGCCGGUACUGCCAGGAGGGCGAGGGCCGUCCCCGGGGCUCCCCAGCCCGCUUGGGCGUUUGGCACACGGCGAUGGGAGCCCAGAAAGGGGGCUUUCAUCGUUAAUCAAGCGUGGAGGCACCCAUCUCGUUCGUCUCGCAUGUCCCCUGACGGAGCAAUACGUAGGAGGAGUUUAUAUUUUUUUAAAAUCCGAACAAGAAAGGUGCAGCUAUUGUUUCAGCUGACUGAAGGCCUCAGGUGUCCUGAAACUGAUCCCCAAGCACCCAAAUAAGUCGUACCAAAAUAGCCGGGUUUUUAAUCAACUUUUUACACUAUAGUGUUCCUUUUCAAAGGCUUUGCAAGGAGAGGUGCUUCACCGACGAGGACACCCUCCAGAAAGCCUUAGUUUAGAAGACUGAUGUAUUUCUAAAAAUGUCUUAAAUUAUUUGAUGGCUUUUACAUGUGCCCAGUGAAGGGCGUGAAGUGAAUCCUAAAGGCGACUGGGCUCUGCCUGUGCCCAAGCCGGGGCCAAGGGCUGCGCGUUCGGCUUCUUUUGCUGUAUCAGGUUAAACGUUCUGCUUCUCCUGGGAGUUGCAGUUACUCUGCAGAGUAAAAUAUCCACAUGUAUAUUUGUACAUAUAUACAUAUAUAUAUAUAUAUAUGACCUUG